ACACUUGCGGCAGCCGUGGCGGCCGCUGCCAGUCCGUCAGCUGAUAUCCAGCGGUUUGCGUUGAGCCCCGGCUGAGGGGCGAGCAGGAAGCGGAGCCGGCGAGGGCGGUCGCGGGGGCUGAGAAGGCGCCCUUCUUCCAGCAGGAGGAGACGCGGGAGCAGGCGUGAAACCAUAAUGGCGGGCAACAGUUUGGUCCUGCCAGUCGUGCUGUGGGGACGCAAAGCUCCUACUCACUGUAUAUCCGCUACGCUAUUAAUGGAUGAUGUUUCAAUGAUUGUCACAGGAUGUCACGACGGGCAGAUAUGUCUAUGGGACCUCUCUUCAGAUUUAGAAAUAAAUCCUAGAGCUCUCUUGUUUGGUCAUACAGCAUCAAUCACUUGUUUAUCCAAAGCCAGUUCUUCAAGUGAAAAACAGUAUAUAGUGAGUGCAUCUGAAAGCGGAGAAAUGUGCCUUUGGGAUGUGAAUGAUGGAAGGUGCAUUGAAUUUACAAAACUAGCCUGCACUCAUACUGCCAUACAGUUCUAUCAAUUCACAGCUGGGACUCAGCGUGAAGGGAGAUUGUUGUGUCAUGGCCAUUAUCCAGAAAUUCUUGUUAUGGAUGCUACCAGCCUUGAAGUUCUUUAUUCCUUGGUGUCGAAGAUUUCCAAGGACUGGAUCAGUUCUAUGAGCAUUAUUCGAUCUCACAGAACACAAGAGGACACUGUUGUAGCAGUAUCUGUGGCUGGCAUUCUUAAAGUAUGGAUUGUAACUUCUGAAGUGAGUCACAUACAGGAUACGGAACCGAUCUUUGAAGAGGAAUCUAAACCAAUUUAUUGUCAGAACUGCCAGAGCAUUUCCUUCUGUGCAUUUACUCAACGAUCACUUUUGGUAGUUUGUUCUAAAUACUGGAGGGUUUUUGAUGCUGGAGAUUAUUCCUUGUUAUUCUCAGUCCCAAGUGAAAAUGGACAGACAUGGACAGGAGGUGAUUUUGUGUCAGCAGACAAAGUGAUAAUAUGGACUGAAGAUGGACAAAGUUUUAUAUAUAAACUGCCAGCCAGUUGCUUACCAGCUAGCAAGUCAUUUCGAAGUGAUGUUGGAAAAGUGAUUGAAAACCUCAGUCCUCCUCAGCUCUACUGUACUGUAGACCAAGGAGAGCAGAAAGCAGACAAACAGUUAUUAAUCUGCCCUCCUGUCACUCAAUUCUUCUAUGGACGUAGGGAGUGUUUCCAUAAAUUACUAAUCCAGGGAGACUCUUCAGGGAGGCUCACCAUUUGGAGUAUUCCAGAUUCACUUGACAAGGAAACUAUGACUGAAGGAUUGCCGGUUACUACUUCUAAUUCUCUACAAGAAGCGUUUAGCAAACUUCACCCAGCUGGUAUUAUAGAUCAGUUGAGUUUCAUCCCAAAUAGUGACGAUCCUUUGAAGGUGACAGCUAGUGUCUACAUCCCAGCACAUGGGCGACUGGUUUGUGGUCGUGAAGAUGGAAGUAUUGUGAUUGUUCCAGCCACUCAGACUGCCAUAGUUCAGCUUUUGCAAGAUGAACAUAUGUGCAGAAGAGGUUGGCCACCUCACAGAACUCUGCGGGGUCAUCGAAACAAAGUCACCUGUUUGCUGUAUCCUCACCAGGUCUCCUCUCGUUACGAUCAAAGAUACCUGGUCUCGGGUGGUGUAGAUUUUUCAGUCAUUAUAUGGGACAUCUUUUCUGGAGAAAUGAAGCACAUCUUCUGUGUGCAUGGUGGAGAAAUCACUCAGCUUUUGGUUCCUCCAGAAAAUUGCAGUUCAAGGGUGCAGCACUGCGUGUGUUCUGUGGCCAGUGACCACUCAGUAGGACUUCUAAGUUUACGUGAAAAAAAGUGCAUCAUGUUAGCCUCCCGGCAUCUCUUUCCUAUUCAAAACAUAAAGUGGAGACCUUCAGAUGACUACCUCGUGGUUGGUUGUACAGAUGGUUCUGUAUAUGUAUGGCAAAUGGAUACUGGUGCACUGGACCGAUGUGUAAUGGGAAUAACAGCAGUUGAGAUCCUGAAUGCUUGUGAUGAAGCUGUACCGGCCGCAGUUGAUUCUCUCAGCCAUCCAGCUGUCAACUUAAAGCAGGCCAUGACCAGACGUAGCCUCGCUGCACUAAAAAACGUGGCUCACCAGAAGCUUCAGACACUCGCUACGAAUCUGUUGGCAUCUGAUUCCUCCGAUAAAGGAAACUUGCCAAAAUAUUCGCACAACUCUCUGAUGGUUCAAGCCCUGAAGACCAACUUAACAGACCCAGAUGUCCAUAUUCUCUUCUUUGAUGUGGAAGCUCUGAUUAUUCAGUUACUAACUGAGGAAGCCUCCAGGCCUAACACAGCCCUUAUUUCCCCUGAGAAUUUACAGAAAGCAUCUGGCAGCUCUGACAAAGGAAGUCCCUUCCUGGCUGGCAAACGAGCCGCAGUCCUGCUUCAGCAGGUCAAAGAAACUGUCAAAGAAACAAUCAAAGAAAACAUAAAAGAACGUCUUUUUGACGAAGAUGAUGAGGAUGAGGAAGCCAGACAGAGAAGAGAGGACGGUGACCCUGAAUACCGGUCUAGCAAAUCAAAGCCCUUAACUCUUUUAGAAUAUAACCUAACCAUGGACACAGCCAAGCUGUUUAUGUCAUGUCUUCAUGCUUGGGGCUUGAACAGUGUUCUGGAUGAACUUUGCAGCGAGCGUCUAGGGAUGUUGAGGCCUCACUGUUCUGUCUCUUUUGGCUUGCUUUCAAGAGGCGGCCACAUGUCUUUGAUGCUCCCAGGGUAUCAUAAGCCUGUAGACCAGGUACCCUCUAGUGAUAGAAAAGACAUAGUAAAGCCUGACUCUCUGACAGAGCGACACAUCAGGGGGACGUAUGGCAUUUCACGUGCAGUAACAACCCAGCACCUCCUUUCCAUCAUCUCCCUGGCAAACACCUUGAUGAGCAUGACCAAUGCAACUUUUAUUGGAGAGCAUAUGAAAAAGGGGCCAGCCAGGCCACCUAGACCAGGGACUCCUGACCUUGGAAGAGUGAAGACUUCUACUCCACUUGCUAGUCCAACAGCACAAGGACUGAUUAAACAAGUUGCUCCUGCUGUUUCUGCUAGUACUGAAGCUGAUCACUCUGGCUCUGGCCCUGCUCCUCCUUUACAUUCCUGUUUCUUAGUAAAUGAAGGAUGGAGUCAGCUUGCUGCUAUGCAUUGUGUUAUGCUCCCUGACCUGUUGGGCCUGGAUCAAUUUAGACCACCUCUCCUUGAAAUGUUGGCUCGUAGAUGGCAAGAUCGAUGCUUGGAGGUAAGAGAAGCAGCACAAGCCUUACUGUUAGCAGAGCUGAGGAGAAUUGAGCAGGCGGGCAGGAAGGAAGCCAUUGAUACCUGGGCUCCUUAUUUACCUCAGUAUAUGGACAGUGUUAUAUCACCUGGAGUGACGACAGAAACUAUUCAGACCAUUAAUGUUACCCCCGAACAAUCAGGACCUGAAGCCAAAAUUCAAGAAGAAGAACAUGAUCUGGUUGACGAGGACAUCUCAGCAGGUACGCUGCCUGGACUUCCACAAAUUAAAAAAAUAUCAAUGUCAUAUGAAGAGAGAAGGAAGCAAGCUACCGCCAUCGUUCUGCUGGGAGUAAUUGGAGCCGAGUUUGGAGCAGAAAUUGAACCUCCGAAGUUGCUAAUUAGACCACGCAGUUCUAGUCAAAUUCCAGAAGGUUUCGGUGCAACAAGUGGCGGAUCCAACUAUUCCUUGGCAAGGCACACCUGCAAAGCUUUGACCUAUCUUCUGCUGCAACCUCCCAGUCCAAAGCUUCCUCCUCACAGCACCAUUCGAAGAACUGCCAUUGACCUCAUAGGAAGAGGGUUUACAGUGUGGGAGCCUUAUAUGGACGUGUCUGCUGUGCUGAUGGGCCUUUUGGAACUCUGUGCAGAUGCCGAAAAGCAACUUUCAAACAUCAAAAUGGGGCUGCCUCUGAGUCCAGCAGCGGACUCCGCCCGCUCUGCACGACACGCUCUCUCCCUCAUUGCCACGGCCAGGCCACCCGCUUUCAUCACCACUAUUGCCAAGGAGGUACACAGGCACACUGCUCUUCAAGCUAAUACACAAUCUCAACAAAAUAUCCAUACCACCACCUUGGCUCGAGCAAAGGGAGAAAUUCUGAGGGUUAUUGAAAUCCUUAUUGAAAAAAUGCCAACAGAUGUUGUGGAUCUCCUUGUAGAGGUAAUGGACAUCAUCAUGUAUUGUCUUGAAGGCUCAUUAGUCAAGAAGAAGGGACUGCAGGAGUGCUUUCCAGCUAUCUGCAGGUUCUACAUGGUCAGCUAUUACGAGCGGAGUCAUCGAAUAGCAGUUGGAUCUCGCCAUGGUUCAGUGGCCCUCUAUGACAUCCGGACUGGAAAAUGUCAGACAAUUCACGGCCAUAAAGGGGCAAUAACAGCCGUGGCUUUUGCACCCGAUGGUCGGUAUCUUGCCACUUACUCCAACACUGAUAGUCACAUUUCCUUCUGGCAGAUGAACACCUCUCUGUUGGGAAGCAUCGGGAUGCUGAAUUCUGCACCGCAGCUCCGUUGUAUUAAAACCUACCAGGUGCCUCCUGUCCAACCUGCAUCUCCAGGUUCACAUAAUGCCCUCAAACUGGUCAGGCUUAUCUGGACUUCGAACCGCAAUCUUAUUCUUAUGGCCCAUGAUGGCAAAGAACAUCGAUUUGUGGUGUAAAGUUAGGGUGUGUGAAAGAGGCUUCUUUCUGCCCCCCCCCUCCGAUUCUAAAUACAAAUGUGUUUUGAAAGUUCUUGUAAAUUGAUUCUCCCUCUUUAUGAUCUUAAUAUUGGAGGUAUUAAAUACCCAAAGAUUUAUGGACCAGGAUUGGCCAGACAAUAUAUAUUCUGCUGGCUUCUGCACAGCAGAAGUACUGCUUAAGCACUCCUUUAGAGCAGUAUUUCUCAACCUUAAGAUGCCUGGGCUUCAACUCCCAGAAUUCCCAACUGGCUAGAGAAUUCCGGGAGUUGAAGUCCACGCAUAUUAAAGUUGCCAAGAGAACUUUAAGUUUAGAGAAAUGCAGACCCAUUUCAGCAAUUAGAACAUCUUGCAAGAUUAUUCUCUUUAUCACUAUGAGAAAAAAACAAAACAAAAGAGAAGCUUGAGAAUGUAACUUGGGUCUGGCUAGAUUGAUAAGAAUCUUGAUUCUAGUGACUUUGAAAAAGAAAAUCACUUCACAACAUUAAAACUGGUCUGAAUCUCAUCAUUCUGAGAAUGCUAAAAUCCUCAGAACCUAAAUGGGAAAAAAAAAUCCUUCAAAGUGUUUUGAAAUAUCAUGUUUACCAAAGUUUAUGUGUUUACACGGAAAUUCUUCCAAGUUCUUGGAAGAUCUUGGAGUAAGAAUGCUCUGUUCAUUUUUGAAAUCCUGAUAGGAUCAGGAAAGAUCCACAAGUCCCAUAUAUACUCUUUUGGCAUUUUUUACCUGGAAAAAAAAAAGAGAGAGAGUCAUAUGGCACCUAUAUAUCUAGAAUCUGAGAUGCUAACUAAAGUCACUGGUUAAUGGCAUUAAAGACCCAUUAUAUAUUUCAGGUUUGGGGUUUUGUAAGAAAAUGUAUAGAAAAGAAGAAAUCAUUUUCUUUAUGUAAUUUCUAAUCAAGAUGAAAACAAUGGCAUAUUCCCAUUAACAAAAAGGCAAUUUUAUGUUUCUUAGGUUGGAGAGAAAGAAUACCUCCAGUUAUUUUUUUUUCCUUCAAUGAAAAUUUACACAAUAAUAUGAAAGAGAUAAUGGGGAUAUUGAUAUUUUCUUUGCUGCUAUUAUAUGUAUCAAUAUCAUAACUAUGUAUCCACAAAUGAGCUCUUCCACAGCUUCCUCUCGCAAAGAAAUGAAGGCUCUUCGCAUUUACAUCGUCAAACUCUAUUGUGACAUAAAUAUGUCACUAAUUAUGAUACAGCAAACUUAUAUCAUUUGGAUUCAUCAGAGGAAAGGGAUUUAAGAGAAUUAUUUAAUAAAACAUAUCUUUAUCAUUAUUGCAAGAAAUACGAAGAAAAAUUAACCUUUGGGUCAGUUUCAAGUGUUAUCCUUAAUCAGAAAAAAAAAAUCAUAAUAGGCUGAUUAGCAUUCACAUAUCUCCUCUGUCUUAUAUAUUUAUUUUCUUCCUGAAAAAACAUUAUCUGUCUCCCAUCCACCCUUCGUUAUAGAGCUGAGGGGGGGAAAUGUAGAAAAUAUUUUAUUGAAAUGCUGGUGUGUUAAACAUACUGUAUGUAUAGUAUACAUGUACUUCUAGACUUGAAUAUGAGAAUACAGAGAAAAUGCUCUUAGUGCAUGCUGAUAAAUUUAGCAAAAAUGGCCGCCUGUGGAAAAUUUGAUUGUGAAAAUUGAAGGAUGAAGAAUCCAGAAGGACAACUGAAUGCAUUUUUUUGAGCACAGCAUCUGCAUCAUCUCCCCAGAAAUGAAUGUUGUCCAUCAUCUUUGCCUUCCUGAAUAUCACUGAAACAUUCCUGGUGCUUUACAUACAUUGAGAUUAUCAUCAAACAGUUUAGUGACCUGUUUAAUACCAUAUAUGUAACUAACAUUAUAUCAGCCAUAAUUAGUUACCUUGAGAAAAUUUAAAAGACAAUAAGAAAUUGUUCAGAAUGUUUUACAGCACUGUGACUUUGUGCUAUUGAUCUAUGGUUUGGUGGAGAUAAAUUCAGUUGUACAUUUUCAGAUUUUUGAGGGGAGGUGGUUAAAGAAACAUAUCAUGUGUGCACCUGGUUAUGACUACUGUCCCUGGAAUACACAGAAAUGUACACCAUUGUUGAAUUCUAUUACGAUGACGGCAUAAAUGGUACAGUGAAUGAUAUUUAGGGAUACUCCCUGUCAGAUAAGUUUAUUUUUUUAUUAUGUAUAAUUUGUUUUUGUUAUCCACACGUUCUUUUUCCACAUUGAUUCCUGCAAUCUAUGGGGUCCCAUUUAUUUGUAUGGAAUGAUGCAUGAGAGAAAAAAAGCAGAUUCCUUAUUACAAGGUUGGCUAAUAUUUCCUGAAAUAAACAAAACUCUGCAGAGACCAUUUCUGAGCAAUAAGGCAAAUUGGAGAGGCAGGUUUCCAAAUUUACUAAGCUAUUUGCAUAAUGGUACUUGUUGCAUCUCAGCAGAGAAUCUCCAAUCUCCUGGGAUGCUUGGAUUUCUAGCUGCCAUCAACCCAGAAGCAAAGGAUUGUGGGAGUUUGUAGCUAAAAUGUUUUGCAGGGCACUUGGGGCCUAUUAUUAGUGUAGGCCUACUCAGGACAGAGUCCUACAUUAUGGUAAUCUCAGGAUUGCCAGUUAAAAAACGCACUCCAGUAUGGAGAAGGUAAACGCAGUCUAAAACAUGGGUGUCAAACUCGCGGUGUCACUUUGCUGUCACGUGACGUUUUGCGACAUUUUUCCCAUUCACAGAAUUGGGGUGGGCGUGGCCUGCACAUGAUGCAUCUGGCCCGUGGGCCGCCAAUUUGACACUCCUGGUCUAAAAGUUACCUACAAUGUGAUACUAUGAAUUUCCUUACAACAACUAAUGACCUAAGGAGAAAUGAUAAAUAUGUAAUAAUAUGCAUCAGGAUCUAGACAAAUAAUGCCACCUAUUACGAAACAAGUUUGGGGGAACCAGCAAGUGACUCCCAUUUUGAUAUACUGCAGGUUCUCUGCAUUUAUAACAUGGAAGCCCAAUUUAGAUAUUCCAAGCAUACUACACUGUGCUAUACAAAAGGAGAGCAAAUCUUUUCAGUUAUGCUGCACUAUUUCAGCAGGGCUUGUAGGAGAGUUCCAUCUUUAUUUUGAGUGGAGGGUGUCCGGUUCCCAAAUUUUAUGAUCGGCCCUGUAACUGUUCCUUUUACUUUACCGUGUCUUGUUUUUCCAAACAAUUUCCAGCAUUUUGAGAUGUGGUGGGAAAACAGAUCCACCUGCUUUUACCCACAAGACAUUAUUUGCUGUUGUGAAGGAUCUAAACUUAUUUUGAAUAUUACAAUGGCAUGGAAGGGAUGGACUCUUGGAGCUGUGUCUUCGGCAGAUGCGUAACGUGAUGCAUUAUGCCUGUUCAAACAAAAUCAGACCAAUAGAAAAUCUGGCCUAUACAAAGGAGUAAUUUAACAGGAGAAUCAAUAUUUAUGUACUGGUUACUUGAACAAUCCACUUGGCCCGUCACAGGAGCCUUGCAUGACUCCUUUCACUGAAACGAACGGUGCUAUGCUAGAGUAGCACUGAGUGGAUUUUUGCCAAGGCUUCUUAAUUCCCUCAAGAUUCCCCUUAUGCAAAUCUGCAUCGGAAAGACUUACUCAGCCCUCACUGUAAAUUUCAUCAUAGCCUAGAUCUUUCAGCACUGCAGUAAAAUUUGUAUUGUCAUUCCAGUGUAAGCUUUUAGUGUUUUAUUGAUUUGUUUAGUACUGUAUUUGGAUUUGUCCUUGUAAAUGUAGCAACGUGCGUGGCUUCAUUGGCAGUUUACAAGCAAAAGAUGACAUGAUGAGACACCUGUAUGAAAAUGUUGUCACUACUGAAGUCGCAGUGUAUGGUAACUGAUUAAAAUGUCUGCCUCUAAGAAA